AUGUUUUUCAUUGGAAAUGCAUUUACUUAUUGCUCCGUAAUGACAGAAGAAGACGCAAAUAAUUAUGCAAAAACAGAUAAUCAUGCUUUUCCAAAAGCAAGAGUUAAUUUGCCUCUUAGUAAUUUCCAAGCAUUUGCAAACGCAUUUGAAUGCCCUUCUGGAACAAAAAUGAAUAAUAAUGAACAAAAAUGUCAACUUUGGUAAAAAAUUAGUAUCAUUUGUUUUUAUUUUUCUAUUUUUUAAUCAUUAGUAUCAUUGUAAUGUCCGUGUUUGGAAAAAUAAUAUUUAAAUUUGUUUCAUAUAUUUAUUUUAUUAAUUUUGCCUUUUCACUCAUAUUCAAAUAUUUCCUUUGUUUAACACUCAUCAAUUUAUAAUCUUUUCAUAUUAAUUUACAAUAUUUCAAAUUUACUUUUAUAUAUUCAAAUACCCGACACAUCAACCUAUUCCUUAUCAUCAUUUUACUUUGUACUUUUCCACCCAUUUUCUCUUGUAUAUAAACCCCAACUUAUUUCCUCAUUCGGGACCUCCUUACCGAGGGACCUCCUUAGUAGAGAACUUUUCCUAGCCCACAUCCGAUUGACCGUUAUUGCUUGUAU